AAACAACAAAAACAAAACAGUGACGUGCUGCCCGCCUCGACCCGCUGACGUCGUUUCUGCUUGAUAGAAACAGAGUAGAGGAAAAAUUGCUUCAGGAAGUUGAUUAACUAGAUUGGAUUUCCAAGAUUUCCCUAUCAGGAUCAAAGAUUUAAAGGAUGUCGAAAAUCUAUAAUGGCCUGGUCAACACCGCCGAUCGUUUUGUGCCUAAUUCUAUGAGACCACUUUGGAAUCACGCAGCAGGACCUAAAACGGUAUUUUUCUGGGCUCCUGUAUUCAAAUGGGGUCUGGUGAUAGCUGGCUUGAGCGAUCUUCGUCGUCCGGCUGAUCAACUUUCUGUAUCGCAAUCUGCUUCACUGGCAGCCACUGGUUUGAUUUGGUCGAGGUAUUCCCUAGUAAUUAUUCCUAAAAAUUAUGGACUUUUCUCUGUUAAUGUGUUUGUUGCUUUGACACAACUGGCUCAACUGUACCGUGCUUGGGAUCAUGCUCAGAAAAACCCGACCACCCCAUCGCAGCCCUCUCCGUUCCCAAAUUCAUCGAUUUCAAGAAGGGAGAAACCAUUAAUCCAUACCGAGCCGAAACGCUUAGGCAGCCUACCGACACCGCGCCAACAGAAAUACACCAAAGUGCAUCAUCAUCACUGCACGAACAGCAACAGCAAUGGCAACAUCGAGCUGCGACGCCACCACUACAACAACAACAACAACAACAAUAACAACAGCAACAAUUGGACCCAAUGCGUCCGCCAAUAG